AAUAUUCAUCGAUUAGAUUCUCAACCAUCCCUAUAAAAUCAUCUCCUCACUCGACAAACAUUUUAUCUGCAAUUUCAUUUUCGUCGUCCACUUUCUGUGAAAUAGUAAUAAAACUUUCCCCUCGAAUUUCGCAGGCAGGAGGAUCCAAUCUUUGUAUCAGGAAUCGCUUAUGGCUUCAAAGCGGAUCUUGAAGGAGCUCAAGGAUCUCCAAAAGGAUCCUCCUACCUCUUGCAGUGCUGGUCCUGUCGCUGAGGACAUGUUUCAUUGGCAAGCUACAAUCAUGGGUCCUCCAGAUAGUCCAUAUGCAGGAGGGGUUUUCUUAGUUACCAUUCAUUUCCCACCAGACUACCCUUUCAAGCCUCCUAAGGUUGCUUUCAGGACCAAAGUUUUCCACCCAAAUAUAAACAGCAACGGAAGCAUAUGUCUUGACAUAUUGAAGGAGCAGUGGAGCCCAGCCCUAACUAUCUCCAAGGUGCUGCUUUCCAUAUGUUCUCUGCUGACAGACCCAAAUCCCGAUGAUCCAUUGGUUCCUGAGAUUGCCCAUAUGUAUAAAACUGACAGGACCAAGUAUGAGACCACUGCAAGGAGCUGGUCUCAGAAAUAUGCCAUGGGCUAACCUUAAAUUUGUGUGGACGAAUGUGGUUGGCCCUUUUACCUUUGAACAUUUUACUUUUUACAUUUUAUGUAUUAAAUAGUGUAAUCCAUCUUUGAAGUCCUAAAUAUGGACUACAUAGAGGUCCAAGAAUUGCCCUAGAGUAAAAAUGACCGGCACAUUGUUUUCAAGCUGUUUGUAUGUGUAGUUCAUCUAUCAAAUGUUUUUUCUAUAAUUCAUAUCAUGUGCUUGUUAUCUCAA